AUGAGCCUUAGUGAAAGGCAUGACCUCAUCAAGAAGAGCGCCCUUUGCUUUGGAUGCCUCAAAUGGGGUCACAGAAGUCGCGAGUGUCGCCACAAGAAGCAGUGUGCAGUCUGUGGGCGCUCCCACCCUACUUUGCUGCACGACUUCUCCAAGUCCACUCCAGAUGUGCAGACCAAAGAUGACACAAUGACAAAGAAAUGGUUGUUGUUCAAUCUACCACACAUCGAGUGCAGACACUUGGACGUCGGAGAAAAUUGCUCACACACUCUCAUCGUCCCGUCGUCGUUCAUCACAUCAAAGAACCCUCUGCGAAGGCUCGGAAUCGAUGGAGAGGCAGUCCAGCUGAGUCUGUCUACAAUAUUAGCGAAGGGCACUAUAUCAUCCAGAAAGGUGCAUGGCCUAACUGUCAAGGGAUUGUCCCGAGGACACCGAGAUACAAUUACCAGGCGCCUACUCCAGAGAAUCUAUCAAUGCAACCGUGAGCAGAUUCCGAAGUUGGACACCGUGAAGGAGUGGCCUCACUUGAAACGAGUCGCCAACCUGCUACCUCCCUACCUGAGUGAAACCGAGAUCGGACUUUUGAUUGGCUGCAAUGCAACUCGCGCAAUCAAGCCGAGAGAUGUCGUCCAUGGAGAGGAAGAUGCCCCAUAUGCAGUCAGAACAGCCCUUGGAUGGGGAGUGAUAGGAAUGAUGCGUCAUGACAACGGUGGCAACAAUGUUUGCAGAAUUUCGAAUGCAUCAAGGAGCAACAAGGCACUUCGCCUUUCGCACCCAGGUGAAAGAAGUCAGCCCCCUCCAAGUCACAAAAAUGUUCGAGAUGGACUUCAUCGGGAAGACACCGAAGAAAUGGUUUCCCACGAUGACCGAAAGUUCAUGCAGAAGAUGAAGGAUGGUAUCCACAGACGUGAUGAUGGCCACUUUGAGAUGCCCCUCCCACUCAAAACAGAUGUCCAGCUCCCCAACAACAAGCCAACCUUCAUGGAAAACAUCAUCGAAAAGGGCUACGCAGAGAAGGUUCCGGACGAGGAACUUGACCUGGACAACAAGGCCGUGUGGUACAUACCUCAUCACGGGGUAUACCAUCCCAAGAAACCAAACAAGAUCAGAGUCGUCUUCGACUGCAGUGCUGAAUACGAGGGUGAAGUGUUGAAUCGACACCUACUGCAGGGACCCGAUAUGACCAACAAUCUUGUUGGGGUUCUUUGCCGAUUUCGGAAGGACCACGUCGCCUUCACCUGUGACAUCGAAGGCAUGUUUCAUCAAGUUGGCGUCAACGUGGAAGAUCGCAACUACCUGAGAUUCUUGUGGUGGCCAGGAGUGAACGACAAGGAUGUUCAGAACGUUGACGUGUUCUCAGAAGGCCUUCCCAUCGAGCGUACUCUAGGUGUACAGUGGUGUGUUGAAUCCGAUGCUUUCCAGUUCAGAGUCCACUUCAACGACAAACCACCCACUCGUCGCGGCAUCAUGUCGAGCGUCAGCUCCAUAUUUGAUCCACUUGGUCUGGUAGCAACAGUCCUGCUUGUUGGAAAACGCAUUCUCCAAACCUUGUGUCGUGAUGGGUAUGCAUGGGACGACCCAAUCUCAGAGGAAAUCAGAUCAGAGUGGGAGAAAUGGAGGAACGACAUCCUGCAUUUGGCAUCACUGAAUAUCCCACGAUGCUACAAGCCUGAGAAGUUUGAUGUCAUCAAGUCCGCAGAACUGCAUCACUUCUCCGAUGCCAGUACCGAAGGCUAUGGUCAGUGUAGCUACUUGCGACUGAUAGACGACAAAGGAAGUGUAUGUACAACUCUGGUCAUGGGAAAGUCCAGAGUAACUCCUUCGAAGCCAGUUACCAUCCCUCGACUGGAACUUACAGCAGCCGUCAUCUCGGUGAAAGUCAGUACUUUCCUCAUGAAGGAACUAGAGUAUAGCGAUGUGACUCAGUUCUACUACACUGAUAGCAGAGUCGUACUCGGGUAUAUUGCCAAUGACAGCAAGAGGUUCCACAUAUUCGUCGCCAACCGCGUGCAGAAGAUCAGAGAUCACACCACACCUGAAGAUUGGCGACAUUCGCUCAUCAAGAGCAAACUCUGGUGGAGUGGUCCAGGUUUCCUGCAAGAAAGAGAAACCCCUCCACCUGACACUGAGUACGUGGAGCCAAGUUCAAACGACCCAGAGGUGAAGAAGGCAUCUGCAUUCAAUGUCCAAACCGAGGCCUCCAACUACCCGAGCAUGCUUGAAAGAUUCCAGUCCUACUCAAACUGGUUUCGCCUGAAACGUGCAGUAGCAUUGUGCCAACGCUACAUGAAGAAGCUUAGAGAUCGCUGCUUCAAAACAGCUACUACUGCACCUGAUGCCAACACCCCCCUCACUGUAGACGAACUCCAGCAUGCAGAACGACUGAUACUGAGGCUAACUCAAGAGGAAGCAUUUCCAAAGGAAAUUCGAGCCCUCAGCAAACCCGAUGGUCUUCCUAAUGGCGAGCAGCAAGGCCCAGGAAACCCCCUGAACAAGAGCAGUCCUCUGUAUAUGCUUGACCCAGUCAUAGAUGAAACGAAGCUGUUGAGAGUCGGUGGACGCAUCAAGCAAGCCAAAGCACCUAAAGAGAUCAAGCAUCCCAUCUUGCUUCCACGUCUGGCCACGUGA